AUGGCCGCCGCAAAGCAAAAGACGCAACAGGUCAUCUCCGACCACGCUGUUGUCGUUUUCUCUAAGUCCUAUUGCCCCUACUGUACGGCCACGAAGAAUCUCCUGACCCUCGAAGGAGCCGACUUCUACACGAUGGAAUUGGAUCAAGUUGACGACGGUGCUGCGAUUCAAAAUGCCCUUGAGGAAAUUACCCACCAGCGAACUGUGCCAAACAUCUUCAUCAAGCAGAAGCACAUUGGAGGAAAUUCUGACUUGCAAGCUCGUAAGGGCGAGUUGAAAAGUCUUCUCAAGGAAGCUGGUGCCCUUAAGGCAUGA